CCAUAGAUUAUACACUUAAUAUAUUUGAGACAUAACCUCAACUAAAAUUUUUGAGCAGGUGAAAAAAAACGGAAAAGAUUUCUGUAUUAAACUGUUUAUUUUCUAUCAAAUCAUACCUUGACUGAAACACAAUGGCGGAAGAAAUACAAAAAAAGUUUCAAAAACAGCUCGAAUUAUUUCAAGGUGUUCAAAAAGACAUAAAGAAAGCGGUCACUCAGAAACAACAAUUAGACAGCCAGUUAAAUGAAAAUAAAGCAGUCAAAGAGGAACUAAAACUCUUAAGAAAAGAUUCAGAGGUAUACAAACUCAUCGGACCCGUAUUGGUGAAGCAAGAUUUGGAAGAAGCCAGACAAAACGUCUCCAAACGUAUGGAGUACAUUAGCAAAGAAAUCAAAAGAACAGAUGAUCACAUAUGUGCUUUAGAAAACAAACAAGAAGCACUGCAAGAAAACUUAAAUAAACUUAGAAAUGAUCUUGGCAAACUAAAACUAAAAGCUUGAAAAAUGUGUGAAUUAAAAGUAAAAUAUUUCUAUUCUUCUAUUAUGACUCACUUGUAUGUUUAGAGAACUACUAUUACAAAUAAAAAUAUUACACAUUAAUAAUUUAAUGUAUGUUUAGCUAUGCAAUAAUCAUGAAAAAACUGCUGUGUGGCAUUACACUAAACUUACCUCUUCCUUUUGUUAACUCAAUAUAAAAAUAAAAAAUCUUACUGAAAGUAAGUUUUUAUUUUACUGCCAUUGCAGGCAGAUGUUUGUGGCCCUCCUGAUGUCACCAUCACUCAUAGACAUCAGAUAUGCCAGGAGCACAGCCAAACUGCUGCCUAUUAUUUACUUAUUAUUUAUUUUCAAAACUAAAAUAUUUUGUUACUUGUACAUAUUUAUUUUUGUGUGUAUAAGCUGAAAGUUUGCAAGGUAAUUGACGGUAUAAUGAGUACCAUUAGUUUUGAAACCAGAUUCAUCUUAGAAUAAUUGUUCGCUUCUAUUACCAGU